AAAUAAUUGUGGCGGGUAUAAUUCCAAAAGCAAAUAGCAUGGCCAUGGCCACAGCCACAUCCACAUCCAUUUCUACACAGUUCCGCAGGACCUCUCUCUUUCACUCCUCAUUAUCCACCCGGAAAUCCCACUUUUUUCACCUCAAGGCUUCAUCUUUACAGAUGCAGGGAAGCGAGAUUACAGAGGAAGAACAAGUAGGUGCUCCUCAAAAGAAGAAAAUCUUUGUGGCAGGUGCCACGGGAAGUACUGGGAAGAGGAUUGUGGAGCAGCUGUUGGCUAAGGGCUUUUCAGUUAAGGCCGGGGUUCACGAUAUCGAUAAAGCUAAAACAACCUUACCUGGAGACAACCCUAAUCUUCAAAUUGUGAGUGUUUAGGUUAAUUUAUUGCUUCAAUUGGGUUUCCGUUGAUUUGGUAAUUAGAGGUGCUUCUAUUGGAUAUUAUGAAAAUGAUUUGCAACAAGCUCAUGAUACUGUAAAAUGUCGUAUGAGGCUAUAAAAGCUGUUUAAAAAGUAAUUUAAAUUAUUAAGCUUGUUCAGAACACUCCUAUGAGAACGGAGGUGGGAAAAAUUGUUCACGAGUGAGACUUUUGAUGGGAAUAAAUGAAUAUGGUGUGCAUGUGAGGGAUUUUUGAGAAUAUAAUUCAAACAAAUGAGUUUGUUUGCUCUUUGGAAGCUUAAGCUGUUAGAAGAAUAGAUUCAACAAAAACUUGUACUCGAAUCUAUGCGAAAAUGGGAGAUAAGGUUUGUGAUGAUUAUUUUACCCAAUUUUCACUAUCAAAGUUAGUGCGACUUAAAAACUAUACUUCCUCGGACAACACAAAUAUUCUCUGUUUAACCAUGUAAUGGCGACCAAAGUCCCUUAAGUUAAACACGGUUAACAUUGAUUUCGAGUAAACUUUAUGGAUAAGAUCAUAAGUCUGAUUGUGUUUGACUCUUUUUGAGAUCAUAAGUCUGAUUAUGUUAAAAUUUUGGGUUUGCUAGCCCUGGACGUUUAGAAUAAUCCAAAAAUUUUAAGCACUCUAAAAAAUGUAAUAAUCAUUUGCACUUUUUGGUUUAAUUUUUAGCAUCACUCUAUAAUUACUUUCAUCUUUGGUUUUAGCGUACUUUUAACAGAAUACAGACUUUAAAUAGGACUUUCUUAUUCUAUUCACGCGACAUGAAAUUACACAUUGCUAAGCCUAAAUAAGAGAGGAAAUACACAAUUUCGGACUUUCAGAA